AUGAAGGGCGCCCGAUCCGGUCAGCAGCGCGAGGCGUCUGGCCGCACGUUGCAGCUCCUGUGCUUCAUCGCCCACACCCCCGUAACUGGGACUUCUCCGGCGCUGUCUCUGGGACCUCCCGUUAGCGCCUGCAAGGCCAUGCCUGUCGCACGAGCGGAUAUCCACUUCUAUGCCACCGAAGGGUCGGAGCACAUCUUAAGGAAGGCUUUGCACUUGGACACGGUUGAGUCGGAACCACAACCGGUGGCGCCGCCGCCCAGCCAGCCAACGAGCCACGUGCAUCGUCAUCACGUGCAUCAUCACGCUCGGGGUGCCACCACUCCGGACUCAGCGACCCCCGGCCCGACAUCCAGCCCGACUCCCGGUCCGGUUUACAGAGACAUCGGACAGAACGCCCGUCAGAAUGCCGGUCAGAACGUCGGUGAGACCGUCGAUGAGACCGUCGGUCAGAACGUAAUGGUGCAGCCAAGCCUGCCGUGUGCGUCAGGCGGUCCCCGGGUGUACUACACGUGUCAGUACGCCCAGUCGCAUGGCACGGUGCUCGCGACGCACCCAGCCGUUGUGACGCAUUCGAAUGCGUCGUGUAGUGCCGCGUGGGAUCAGCAGGUCGUCGUUUCUCACCAGCAGGGCGUCGUUUCUGACCCCCGGGGCGCCGCCUGCAACGAGUGCGUAGGCCGUGUGGCGGCCUCCCAGUGGCGCGACGUCUUUCCCAGGCUCGGCACUGCACGAGUGCCUGUACACACGCGCGUGCCCGAUACGUUGGAGGAGUUCUUAAGUACCCGAUUCACAGACCCCGUACUCCGAAGAUUGCAGGCAACUGUGCUCAACAAGUUCGAGACGUUCAAACGCCAAUUUAUCGUCGAAGUCGCAGCCCUAAUCCACGACCACCGAGACAUGGCCAAGUAUAUCAACAACGCCUGCUUCUACUCGUGGCUACAAGGCACACCUUCCAACCCCACAGUGGCCAUACAGGCCGAGCACGAGACCAAAAUAAAGCUCGUGCGAGAUUACGCCGAUAAGUACAUAUACCAUGCGGGCUCCGGCUCUCGCAGCGUCAGCUCUCGCAGUGUCAGCUCUCGCAACGCUGGCUCAGCAUACGGGCAGGAAGAAGUUGGUCCCGAGUUCGUCACAGUGGACGGAGAGGAAUGCGAAGUCAUGGAGUCUUGGUAG